UUUAUACGGUUCAUACUUUAAUGCGCGGAACCAAAGAGUUUUAAGCAGCAUUUAAUUCUUGAUAUCCCACUGUGUUUGAAUAUUUAUUAUUUAUAUCAUAACAUUUUUUAAUUUUAUAUUUAAAAAAUUAUUCUUACAACUCUAUAUUUAUUAUUAAUUAAUCAAAAAUUCGUUUAACUAUAAUUAUAAUUAUCAAUCCAUUGUCGUGCAGCAUUCUUUCUUCAUAAUAUUUUAUUAAAAUAGUGACUAUGAUGUUUAUUGAUAAAAUUCUUGAAAAAAAAAUACUUAAAUAAUUUGGAGAAUUCGACGAAAGAAUUAAUAGUGAUUAAAUUAAAUGAAUAUUUGAAAUUUGAAAAGUGUAACAAAAGUAUAAGGUAUUGUCGAAGGUAGUUUAGUGAAAAUUGAAUGUAAAUAAGGGACUGUUUAUGAUCUUGGUUUGAUAGUUUCGUUUUCAAUGGAAUGACCGAAAAAAAUAAGGAGUAUGCUUAUUGAAUACAAUAAAUUAUGCAUAUUCAAGGUUGCCGGGGAGUAUAAGAACGUGUGACAAGAAAAAAUUAUGUUGAGACGUAAAGAAUACGUGCCCAAGUAUAAAACAGAGAUUGAAAAAUUAUUCUUUUUGCACGAAAUAAUCAUGUAGUACGAUGAUGCACUUUGUGACAAGAAAUAUGAUUAUUACAUAUUUUACAUACAUUGAUGUGAUGUUUCUUGGAAAACUAAAAUUGGAGUUUUAUCAUUUUUUAUAAAAAAUAUCAAUGGAGAUAAAAGAACUGUUAAAUAAUCAACAUGAUGGAAAAGAAUGUCAAAAACAGCCAGCUUAUCCCUACCCAUUGGAAAAUAUUCUACUCGUAUAGGUGGAAUAUAAAAUACAUUGAAAUGUUGAUGAGUGUAAUACUAUCAAAGAGGGGAUUUUCACAGUUUCCUCCCUUCCAUACUUUCAACAAGGGUGGAGCCCAGGCAGUAAGGGCGCGGCUAUCCCUUAUUCACACUUACAGAAUAAAGAAUGGAAGCCUACUAGAACGGCUCCGUUUUGAGUAUUCGAAUAAGUAGUUAUUUUGACUUGAUGUCAAUCGGUCUGAGUCGUCGCUUUACAAUAACUUACUAAUAAAAUAUCAAGAAUAAACCGUACCAAUAAAAAAAUUUAAACUAAAAUUAUUUUUUUCAUUUCGUGUGUGAUAUGUUAUCAGUUUAUAUUAAAUAAUAAAUAGUAAUUGAAUACUAUAUUAUAAAUAUAAGAAAAAAGUGGACAUUAUUGAUUUAUUUAAUUAUUAAAAUGGCACCAAUGAUUGAACGAUAUGGACGUGCUAAUGCAGGCUUCGUUUUGCAUAGUGACCCUUAUAUUUCAUGUUGGAAUAAACGUAAACAAUAUUCACAAAAGGAUAAAAUUUAUCACAUUAAAGAUCACUGUUCCAUUGUUGAUACGUUGGAUUUAAGUAUUUCUCAUCAUCAGCCGUUAGAUCGCAACAUAAACAACAAUAAUAACAACAAUAAUAAUAUUCUUAACAACAAUAUCCCUAUAUCAACUGCUAAUUCAACUUUGAAUAUAUCAAAUAAUAAUAACAAUAAUAAUCAAGAAAUUUUAAGUGAAGUGCAAAAGUGUAAUAGUGUAGUUUCAGUACCACAAGGCGGUGUAAUGAAAGAAAAAAGUAAAAAUGCGGCGCGUUCACGCCGUGAAAAAGAAAACACAGAGUUUCAAGAGCUCUCUAAAUUACUUCCUCUUCCCGCAGCUACAACUUCACAAUUAGACAAAGCCAGUGUUAUUAGACUAACGACAAGUUAUCUGAAGAUGAGAGCAGUUUUUCCAAAUGGACUAGGGAAUGAAUGGGGAGCACCAACACCAGCAAAUGAUUCCCGUAAUUUAGUUAUCAAAGAAUUGGGCUCAUAUCUUCUUCAGACUUUAGAUGGGUUUAUAUUUGUGGUUGCACCUGAUGGUAAAAUAAUGUACAUUAGUGAAACAGCUAGUGUUCAUUUAGGUUUAUCACAAGUAGAACUCACGGGCAACAGUAUUUUUGAAUAUGUUCACCCAAUUGAUCAUAAUGAUGUCUUGGAUGUACUUAAUUCACCAAUUCCAACCUCAGGACGUGGAUAUACAUCAUCUAAUGGUAGUGUUGAACUAGAAAGAUCAUUCUUCAUUCGAAUGAAGUGUGUUUUGGCGAAAAGGAAUGCGGGUUUAGUUACUUCAGGAUGGAAGGUAAUUCAUUGUUCAGGAUACUUGAAAAUUAAUGUUCGAGAUUUACCAUAUGAAGAUCAAAUAAUUGGCUUGGUUGCUGUAGGACAUUCUCUUCCACCCAGUGCUAUCACAGAAAUUCGACUUCACCACAAUAUGUUCAUGUUUCGAGCCCUAUUAGAUCUUAAACUCAUUUACGUUGAUUCAGUGAUUAAAGAAAGUACCGGAUAUGAUCCACAAGAGUUGGUUGAAAAGUCACUUUAUCACUAUGUUCAUGGUUGUGAUAGUUGGCAUCUUCGAGAAUCUCAUCAAAUAUUAUUAGCAAAAAAUCAAGUAACUACAAAAUAUUAUCGAUUUUUAACAAAAUCAGGUGGAUGGGUUUGGAUGCAAUCUUACGUAACAAUAGUCAAUAAUUCAAGAAGUUCACGACCACAAUGUAUUGUCUCAGUGAAUUACAUUCUUUCUGACAAAGAAGCUGCUCAUCUAGUUUUAACUUUAGAUCAAAAAGAGAGUAACGUUCCGGGAAAUCCACCGAGUGCGCCUCUUUCAUCAAAUAGUACCAUUAUUACUCGUGAAAUAGAUGAAAAUUGUAGUUCUAGUCCACCAUAUUUAUCAAGAAGAAGUGAACCUCAAGAAGUUGAUUACUCCGAUACAUCCUAUUCAACUUCUUCUGAAUAUAUGGGGACCACCCAGAUAAAUUCUACCCAGUAUCAAAUGACAGGCUAUGCUCCUCAUAGCGUUUCUGCUGCUACCCCAGUUAAUCCAACCACUCAUGAAGAUACAUCUACAUAUUAUCCUCCGGAUCUCUUCUAUCAAUAUAUCGCAAUGACACCAGAUGCACUUUCAUCAGCUUCGACACAACAUCAACAUCCUUUACUUCAACAUCCUAAUAAUAUACCUCAAACCCAACGGAAUAACUCUCAACAUCAUCAGAAAAAACCACCAUAUUCUUCUCCGUCAAGCUCUAGUAGUUAUGAAAUGUCGGAGCCACAUUUACCGAACUCAAUAAAUAAUCAUCCAGCUUCUAUUACUUAUUCAUCAGUUCAUCAUCAACAACAUCAUUCACCACACAAUCAUCAUCAACAUCACAAUCAUUCUCAUCAUCAACAACAACAACAACAACAGCAUAUUCAUCAUCCACAUAAUCAUCAUCAUCAUCAACAUCAUCAUCAUCAAACUCAACACCAUCAUCAUCAACAGCAACCAAUGAUAGAAGACUCGUUAGCAGGAGAUUAUGAUGAAAAUAGUUGUAUAGUUUAUCAAAACUGUACUUUAAAUAAUAAUUCGUCGUUUGUGGGAAGAACAAAUCCAUCAAUUCAUCAUCAUAAUACUUAUUCUCCUGUAAAUGCCAAUCACCAUGAAGAUAAUAUGACCAGUCCGAUUUAUACUAGUGUUAUUGUAGAAUCUCAGCAAUAUAAUUCAAAUUCAGUUCCACCAAGUAUGUCUAAUAUUCAUGGACAUCAGAGACCGGUGAAAGCUAAAAGUGAAACACCUCCAGCAGCACCAGUUGUUUCCGGUCUUUCAUCAAGAGGAUCCCUUCCGUCACCAACUCCAAUAGUUACAUCUUCUGGUUCACCAUUGUCAAUAUCAUCAUCAUCGAAUUCUAAAUCAGCAUCACCACUAGCAACUAAUGUCGGUCCUGUAUCAUUGGCUCCACUUUCAAGUAUUACACAACAUGAAUCAUCUAUUGAACUUAUUAGUAAACCCUUAGCUUGUUCAAAUAAUAAAGUUGAUUAUCCUAUAUAUGAAAAAUGUGAAGAAAAAACGAAUCUACUAGAAAAACAAUCAUUAUCCAAGUAUUCAUUUUUAGCAGGAUUUUCAAGUUCAUAAAAGUGGAAAAAGUCAAUCAACUUGCGCUGGUCGUAGGUAUUAUGAUGCAAAACAAUCUCAUAAUGCUCUGUUUACAACUAAAAUAUCAUUUUUAUACUUCGUGGAAUAAGUAUAAUUCAAUCAAUGCAUUGAUAAUUUGAUAUUGAAAGUACUUUUUGUUAUAAUUUAUGACAUUCUUAUGUUUAAACAUAAGUAUUUACAUUAUUUAUUUAUUAAUUUUAUUAAAUUAAUGUAAAGUAAAACAAAAUCAUAAUGAGAAAAUUUGUUUUUGUAAAUACAUUAAUAAUAAUAUUGUAAUGUUUGUAAAGUCAUAUCAUCAUAUAAUUGUAAAUUUAAUGAGAUCACUACUUGUAAGUUGAUCAGAGAAUAUUUGUAUGUAAAUUAGAUUUAUAAAUAAUAAUACUUUAAGACUGACCGGUAUUACUACCACCUUCGACCAAAGAUAAUGAUUGUUUUAUAGAACCAAAAAAUUAUGUUGUUUUUUUUUUUGCUUUCAACUAUAUGAUUUAAUCCAAAUCAAUAAGUAAAGAUAACAAUUUUUUAAAUAUCAUAUAUGUACAGAUUUUUAUGGUAUAACAAU